AUGGACAUCUGCAUCGAAGAACCACAUCCGCGCGAAAAGGCUCCCUCGUCGAUCGACAUAAGAAAUAAAAUACGCCUGGGUCACGAUGAAUGCUGCAACUGCUGCUGCUGCAAAGUCCCUCAGUUCAAUGCUUACAAAUACGUUCAACCAGAAAUCCCAAAACCGUUUCGUCCGAUCCGGUGCUACAAAAAAUUGGACGUCCCGCUCGACGACAACACAACGUACAAAAUGUCAUUUUGGCCGGAGCAAGUGCCGGUCCGAAAACCAAUCCUCCCCGCGGGCUGCCUGACGGUGGCCGACGGCCAGUUCACCGACGACACGACGCACAAGAUGAGUUACUUGGGCAACUGGUGCGUCAAGCCCCAAGAAAAAAUCCUGCCCUGCGUGAGAAACUGGUUCGGCAGGGGUCCCAUUCAGGACGAGACGACACAAAAGCACGACUUUGCGUGGAAGUGCGGCAAACCCGUGAAACCGAUCAAGUACCGGGGAAACUUGUGCCUACCUCGGGGCUACGUAGCUGAUGACACAACGUACAAACUGAGCUACUACCCGGCCAACUGCCUCGAGCCGAUAAAAUCGUUCAGGCCGAUUCGACGCUACGAAAAAUCCGACGUUCCCCUCGACGGCUGCACGACCUACCGGCUCAGCUUCUACAGCGGCGAUCCAAUAACGCAGGAAAACUACCCGUGGAAGAAGAAACCGGUGUACCAGAGCCCGACGACGCCGGUGGAGAACGGCACGACGUACAAGCUGAGCUACUGGCCCCAGUGCGCCGAGCCGGUCGCCCCGGUGAAGCACACCAGCGCCGAGAACCUGCUGAACCGCGAGUGUUGCUUCGAGGACAACACCACCUACAAUCUCAGUUACUUUUGCGGCGGCGGCGAUCGGCCUCUGCCCAUCCACCCGAUCACCAACAAGAUCUUUGACGACGCGCCCCCGUCCCGCGACACCACCCACAAAAUGAGUUACCUGGGCAACUGGUGUCCGAAGCCAGAGAAGCCGAUACUCCCGUGCACGAGGCAACUGCUGGGCCGGGGUCCCAUACAGGACGCGACCACGCAAAAGUGCGACUUUACCUGGAAGUGCGGGGUCCCUCCACCUGGCAUAAGGCCGCUUGGAAACCUCGAGCUCUCCCGGGCUCCUCUGGAGGUUUGCACGACGAACCGGCUGUCCUUCAUGCCGAACUGCGCCGAGUGCGCAAUACAGAGCAAGAACUUUGCACCGGUUCGCCGGUACGAGCCGGCCGACGUGCCGAUGAGCCUCGACACGGAGAUGAAGACGAGCUACGGUCAGCCCGGCGCCCCGGAGAAGGUCGACAAGCCCUGGGCGGCCAAGCCGGCGUAUCACAAGCCCACGACCCACAUCGACGACUCGACCACUUACGGCCUGAGCUACAUACCACCCGGUACUUUGGAGCCGUGCUGCCCGGAGGAGUUGCACUACCAGUGCCCGUCGUCCCCGUGUUCUGGUACACACAAUGUUACAAACUAUCGCGACUAG